AUGCCAGGAGACCCUCCUAGUGCCCUCGAGUACUCCCACGCUCUGAAACUGGAAUCUAGUCUCGAAAGUGCAGACACCGUUUUCGGGGAGAAGCAGACCAUCCACGUCAAAGCCGAGGCAAUUUACUCGGUUGACAGCAGUGAAAGCUCUUCAGAAGACGGUAAAGACUUUGUGCACUGGGAUGGGCCCGACGACCCUCAGAAUCCCAUGAAUUGGGCAAGUUGGAGGAAAUGGGUCAUCAUAGGACUCAUCUCCGCGAGCAGCUUCAACGUCUCAAUGGUCUCCACAGUAUUCUCACCGGGUGUUCCAGAAGUCUUGAAGGAAUUUCACGUCACCAGCUCGGCUAUCACAUCCCUCAUGACCACAAUCUAUGUGAUGGGAGCUGCCAUCGGCCCCAUUGUCCUCACGCCCAUCACUGAGAUGACAGGAAGGUUGCCCAUGACACACACAGCGAAUAUACUCUUUACGGUGGCCGCUGCGGUCUGUGCGGCUAGUGUCAAUAUGCCUAUGCUUUUAAUCUCACGCUUGAUCAUGGGUGUCGCCAGUUCCGUACCCGUGACAGUUGGUGGAGGGUUCGUCGCCGACAUGAUGCCAAUGGAGAAGCGCGGAACAGCUAUGACAAUAUGGACCGUCGGACCACUUAUGGGAAUGGUGACUGGGCCUAUCUAUGGUGGCUACAUGGUUCAGAAUAUAGGGUGGAGGUGGACGAUCUGGUUAGAAGUUAUCUUGGGUGCUGUCAUCGCAGUUGCCUCUUUAUUUCUACUACGUGAGACAUACGCCCCUACGAUCUUGCAGCGGAAAGCAAUGAAGCUGCACAAAGAGACUGGCCAUUCUUACAAGACCAAAUACGACACUGAUAAGACAGCUGGCCAGCUUAUCUGGGUCUCACUCUCCCGACCGAUUAAAUUCCUCGUGCUGUCGCCUAUCGUGCUGAUUGUGACAUUGUACAGCUCUGUCACAUAUAGCUACAUGUACAUUCUGUUCACGACGUUCACGAAGGUGUUUGAGGACGUUUAUGGGUUUGGCCCUGGCGAGGCCGGGCUCGCAUAUUUGGGGCUGGGGCUGGGCUUUUGCUUCGGACAGGUUACGGUCGGAUAUUAUUCGGAUCGCUAUCUCAGAAGACAGGAAAAGCUUCACGGCAAGAUGAAGCCUGAGGACCGCCUUCCACCACUCGUGCUGGGCUGCUGUCUGGUUCCGAUCGGGCUAUUCUGGUAUGGCUGGACUGCCGAAUACCGACUGCACUAUAUGAUCCCCAUCGUAGGGACCUUCUUCGUGGGCGCUGGAAUCUAUUACGUCCACUUGGUGACACAGGUGUACCUUAUCGACUCCUAUACGCUCUAUGCCGCCAGCGCCGUCUCCGCAGAGCUUGCGUUGCGGUCGAUCUUUGGGUCGACCAUUCCGCUGGGCGGAGGACCUCUGUAUGACAAGCUCGGCCUGGGCUGGGGCAACAGUCUGCUGGCCUUCAUUGCCGUUGCAUUUGCCCCCACUUCUUUGUUCCUGCUGAAAUAUGGGGAGAGAAUUCGAACCAACCCCAAGUUUCAACCCCGGAUGACUUGA